UUCACCUCUCUCUCACUUUCACACAAACAUGUCAUUCUUGCUUCCUCAGCUAGACCUCGUCAACAAUCUCAGAGACACUCUCUCCUUUCAAUUCCGUCCUUUGCAACGUUCUUUCCAUUUCUGGACUCGCGCCAUUGAUAUCUAUGCAGGAUAUAAGGUGUUUCAGGUGAGAGUGAGUUUUGAGAAAGAUGUGAAAAAGCAAGAAGCAAUGUGGGAAAAGCAGCACCAAGUUGCUGCUGAUAAGAUAUAUGAUAUGUGCACUCACCUUGGAGGUUUCUUCCUCAAGGUAGCCCAAAUUAUAGGGAAGCCGGACUUGGCUCCAGCUGCGUGGGUGAAAAGGCUCGUUACAUUAUGCGAUCAGUCUCCUGCAACUCCAUAUCAGACUCUGAAGAUAGUGCUGGAGAAUGAGCUGGGGCAAGACAUUGAUGAUGUCUUCGAAAGAUUUGAUUUGGAACCCCUUGGUUCUGCUUCAAUUGCUCAGGUUCAUAGAGCAAGACUCAGAGGUGAUAAAGAUGAUGUAGUAGUCAAGGUUCAACAUCCUGGAGUUCAGGAUAUCAUGAUGACAGAUAUCCAUAACUUGCAAGCAUUUGCUUUAUACAUGCAAAAGACAGAUAUCAAAUUUGAUCUAUAUUCAAUAACAAAAGAAAUGGAAACACAGAUUGGAUAUGAAUUUGACUUCAGAAGGGAGGCAGAUUCCAUGCAAAGGAUUAGGAAGUUCUUAUAUGAAAACAAUAAAAGGUCCCCUAUUUUGGUACCUCGAGUAAUUCGAGAUAUGGUUACUAGGAAAGUCCUAGUUAUGGAAUAUAUGGAUGGUGUUUCAAUAAUGAAACUUGGUGAUGAAAUAGCAAAAAGAGGUAUAAACCCCAAUGGAAAGAUAGCAACAGCAGCUAAGAAGAAAAUUCUUAAAAGCUUGACCCAAGCAUGUGGUCAAAUGAUUUUGAAAAGUGGAUUCUUCCAUGCUGAUCCUCAUCCAGGAAACAUCUUGAUUUGUAAAGGCUCAGAGGUUGCCUUGUUAGAUUAUGGGCAGGUGAAGGAUCUCCCUGAGAAAUUAAGGAUUGGUUAUGCUAAUCUGGUUCUUGCGAUUGCCAAUGGUGAUACUUUAAGAGUCAUUGAGAGCUUUAGGGAGCUUGGCAUAGACACCUCUAGCACAUGUGAAAUUCAUCAAGAAGACAUGUUUAAACUGGCACAACAAAUGUUUGACACAAAAAUGCCUCCAGGGGAGUCGGUGUUGCAGCCUUUCUCGGACGAUUCUUUAAUUAAAAAAAUUGGCGUCCAGGCUUUUCCAGAAGAACUGUUUAGUGUACUGAGAACAGUUCAAUUACUGAGGGGGCUUAGUGUGGGACUUGGAAUCAAUUAUUCUUGUGCCGAACAGUGGAAACCCUUUGCAAAAGAAGCUUUGAACCAAGGUUGAGUUUAUAGGUUAUAGGUUAUAUAUAGUAAUAUAGUAUCGGUGUAUUUAUUUUAUAUGGAAUAUUAUACACGCCGACCCAUCUAUUAUUUAUCAUCAUAUUAGAUUUUAAUAAUGUUUAAACUAACCUUUCUCAUAAAUAAA